UUUUACGUGAAUACAACAGCAAGAAUGAUUGUAGUCAAGGCGACUGUUAUCUGCAAGGACAACUCCACAGAGAUCCGCAGGCUUCCCAUGUCUCGUCUACCUGGAGAGUUGACAUAUGACGAGCUGUGCAUUAUGCUUCACAGACUAUUCAAGAAGCACAUCCCCAGUAUUGACAACCUUGUUCUCAAAUACGCUGACGAAGAUGGUGACAAGGUUUGUUUGGAGAGCGAUCUAGAUAUUACGCAUGCUUUAUCUCAAAACUCUGUACUGCGAGUGCAUGUAUUUGACAAGACUAAGCCUAGCCAAAGUCAAGAUGUGGUUUCCUCCGAAUUAGAAACCAUCAGUUCUGACCAGCGUCGCUCAUUGAUCGAUGCUGUUGCUGAUCUGCAAGUACGCAUUGAUGGUCUCACCAAGGUGUUGGCUGAACAACUUGGACCAGCCAAGGGGUUUGACUCGGAUUCUACUCGUUUGGAUGGUGGUGUGACAGGUGACAAACAGCAGUUCAAAACAUCAGAUAUUGAGUUUCUUUCUCCGACAUUGCAUACACCUUCAACAAUAUAUUCGAACCCUCAGAGAUCAUCUACUAUUCCGCGAUCAGCAUCGACAUCCAACACGCAUCCAAUGCAGAAUCAAUUGUCUUCUAUUACUGCAUCACCCUCACAAAUCCAGACACUGAAUAUUCCUCAACCGCAGCAACUGCAGCAAAUGCAUUACCCAUCUUCUCAGAUCCAGCAGCCACCUCAACAGCAGCAACUGCAGUCCUCUCAACAGCCAGUGCACGUCCAUCACACUGGUCCUCAAUUGCAGCAGCUUAAUUACCCCCAGCACUAUCCCGUGUAUACGCCUGGUUCAUAUACUUCGCAACAGCAGUACUACUCUGCAAACGGGCAAUCCAUACAGCCGUCGCAGCAGGUUUCUCAGCAGCAAACAUCGCACCAUUUGGCACAACAGCAUCUUCCCCAACCACAACCUCCAUUUCGAAAUACUCAAUAG